CAAGCAAAUGACGCAAGUGGUGCACGAAACCAAGUCAACUACACACAUGUAAAAUUCCUCGUCUCCUCGAUCCAUCCAUCGAUCGCUUCGCCUAUAAUACAACGCCUCUUCCUCGCCGCAUCGCGCCACCAACCGUCGUCGCGAUGGACACGCCAUUGCUGCUGCUGCUUCCCUUCCUGGCGGCAUGUCUGCUCGCGCCGCGGCACGCGGCGGAGGCGGCCGUCACGAGCUGCGCGCCGAGGAGGUGCGGGAACGUGACCAUCGCCUACCCGUUCUGGCUGCCGGACUCAUCGCCGCCGCCGUCGUCGUCGUCCGCGCCGUGCGGCCCCGCGGCGUUCCAGGUGAACUGCGACAACGGCAGCCGCGCGUCGCUGGCCCGCUCCUUCCGCAGCGGGUACAAGAUCCUCGGCGUGUCGUACGCCAACCGCACCGUCGUCGUCGCCAACGACAACGUCCAGACCGACGCCAGCGGCUGCCCGGUGCCCAAGAUCGACGUCUCCGCCAGCCUCACCCUCGCGCCGUUCACCGCCAGCCCGGCCAACAGCCAGCUCGUCUUCCUCUUCAACUGCACCAGCAGCAGCAGGCCGCCGCCGGCAGGGUUCGUCAACGUCACGUGCCCGGGAGCGAAGGCCGUGGUCCGGCUCGACACGAGCUACAACAACACCGCCGCCAGAGUGGUCGCCGGAGGCUGCGACUACGCGGCCGUUCCGGUGGUCGGCGUGCCGGGGGCGAGCCCGACGGACUACCCGCAGCUGCUCCGGGGAGGCUACAUGCUGGAGUGGAGGGCGCCCGCCGGCGACUGCAUGGCGUGCAAUGCCAGCGGCGGCCAGUGUGGCUACGACGCCGACACGGAGGCGUUCGCCUGCAUCUGCUCCGACGGCUCAUCGCGCCCGGGGAUAUGUGAUGCAAAGAAGUCCGGGAACAAGGUCAUCCUGAUAGUGUCACUGUCGAUCUGUGCGACUGGGUUGGUGCUAUUGGCAUGCAUCGCCAUCGUCUACAAGUGUCGCCGACGUAUGCAAAAUCGUUUCAGUUUUCUGAACGCCAUGGACGGUGCAAGCAGAACGGAUACUGCAAAGGUGGAGAAGCUGCUGCAGAGUUACGGAUCCCUAGCUCCCCGGAGGUUCAGGUACUCGGAGCUGAAGAAGAUAACGAAGUCCUUCAGCCAGCGGCUCGGCGAGGGCGGCUACGGCACGGUGUUCAGCGGCACGCUCGCCGACGGCCGCGCCGUCGCCGUCAAGUUCCUCCACCACUCCAAGCCCAACGGCGAGGAGUUCCUCAACGAGGUGGUCAGCAUUGGCCGGACGAGCCAUGUCAACAUCGUCUCCCUGCUCGGCUUCUGCCUCGAGGGCUCCAAGCGAGCCCUCGUCUACGAGUACAUGCCCAAUGGCUCGCUGGACAAGUACAUCUACUCGACGUCGGCGGCGGCGGCGGCGGAGGCGGAGGAGGCGGAGGCGACGGCGAGCCCUGACAGGGAUGUUCUGGGGUGGAAGGUGCUGCAGGAGAUCGCCGUCGGCGUGGCGCGGGGGCUGGAGUACCUGCACGACGGGUGCAACACGCGGAUCAUCCACUUCGACAUCAAGCCGCACAACGUGCUCCUCGACGAGGGAUUCCGGCCCAAGAUCGCCGACUUCGGGAUGGCGAAGCUGUGCAACCCAAAGGAGAGCAUCCUGUCGAUGGCGGACACGAGGGGGACGAUAGGGUUCAUCGCGCCGGAGGUGUUCUCCCGCGGGUUCGGCGACAUCUCGACCAAGUCCGACGUGUACAGCUACGGGAUGCUGCUGCUGGAGAUGGUCGGCGGCGGGAGCAACGUCAAGGCCUACGCCGAGAAGGGCGCCAGCGGCACGUUCUUCCCGCUCUGGGUCUACGACCACCUGCUCGAGGACGGCGGCGUGCUGCAGAGCGUCGCCGCCGCCGCCGCCGCCACGGCCGGCGGCGGCGCCGGAUCACCGGGAGGCGAGGAGAUCGCGAGGAAGAUGGCGCUGAUCGGGCUGUGGUGCAUACAGACCGUGCCGGCGAACAGGCCGUCGAUGGGCAAGGUGCUGGAGAUGCUGGAGAGAAGCGUCCACGAGCUCGCCAUGCCGCCGCGGCCGUACCACUCGAACUCGUCGUCCCCGUCGCGGCCGUCGAGCUACCCCUCCUCUGCCUCGGAUUUCACGCAGCGAUCAAGGUUAUCAACACCGGGAAGCACAGCGUGAAAAGUGGCGAUGGAAUGACUAUACUUGAAGCAGACAACUGGCUAGUAGACUGUAAAUUAAAGAAAACCAGAGUGGGAGCUUUGGUUUUGUAUGUAGAGCAGAUUAGCAAGAACAACAAAAUUAGACGUUAUUACUGUUUGAAUCAUUAAUUCGUUCUCUUAUGGUUUUCUGUGGAAAUCAUGUACUACUCCUAUUCAGUUUUAGUUUAACUUGUGCUUGACGAAUGUUCCACGGAAAAAAAUUUGGUGGAGACCGGAUGUAACCGGCCUCCUUUGCA